GGUUUGUUUUAUUAGUUUCCCGUGUACACCCGUGUAGUAAAAAUUGUGUUAUUUCUUGCGAGUUACAAUAAUUAUUCUUUAAGUUAUCAAUUUAGAUGAACACGAUGGCAAAAAUUGAGUUGAAUGAAAAUGACAUUGAGAAAAAAUUCAAUGAGCAAUGUCGAACAUGUCUUAGCGUUGGCCGUAAGAUGUUGCCUCUGGGAGAAUUUGAAAACAUUUAUAGAAACCUUACUUCAGACUAUGAAUUAAUUGUACCACUGUCAUCAGAACUCUUACGUCUGUGUUGGGAAUGUCAUGCACUGCUUAGUAACAUUCAAAAAUUUCAGUGUCAAGUUAAAAAAGCAAAUGAAAUGCUAAGUCUGGGACAGAAUUUUUUAUUUUCUCUAUCUAGACUGUCAACUGUAAUACAGAACAAAAAUGAACCUAACAUAGUAUAUGUUUAUAACCAAGUACCGGAGAAAGAGAUAUUAAAUGCAGGAAAGUGUAUUAAUCCGUUUUCAAAAGACCUACCAAUGGAUAAUAUUGACGAAUCAGAUUGCUAUUUUAUGGAUUGCAAUAAUAUAGAUGAAAAAGAGAAAAUUAAAGAUAGUAGCUUUAAAAAUAUAAUGAAAGUAGGAAUAGGUAAAGAAUCUAAUGAAGAUAGAACAAAAGUGAAGAAAGUCAACAACAAAUGGGCACAAAAACGGGCAAUACAGAACAAAAAGGCAAAAUUUAAAGAAAUUAAUUGUAAAGAACUUCAUAUUGACAAAAUUUUUUUCAAGCUGCAAUUAGAUGAAGGAGAACUAAAGAGAUAUAUGCAGAAUAAAAGUGACUCUAAGAUCAAGCAAGGAAUAUUAAUUAAGCAUAUAAAGAGUCCUCAUGAUGUAACAGUGAAAUCAUACAUUUGUGACAUCUGUUCCAAGAGCAAAUCCGACAAGAACAAACUGUCAAAUCACAUACAAAAUCAUUACAAUAUGUAUAAAUGCCGAGUUUGCAAUUAUAUUUGUAACACCAAAAAGAAUAGGUGGAGGCAUGUUGCUUCUGCGCACAAAAGGAUAUUACAGUGUUUAAAAUGUGAUUUACUUUUUGGGAGUCGCAGAGAAUUCUUUGAGCAUUUUAAGCAGUGGCACGAGAAGUUUAUAUGUGACCAGUGUGGUAUCAGUUUUAAAAUGAGAUAUUGCAUCAAGGAUCACAUUAGAAAACAACAUUCGCCAUUUGAAUGCAAACCGUGUGCGAAACGGUUCGCACGUUACAAUGGGCUCUGGCUCCACAAUAAAAUACAACACGGUGGACCGACUACGCCCGCUUAUUGUGUAGAGUGCGACAGGCGGUACCCGGACUACUAUAGGUACAGAUGGCAUUUGGCUAACAGUGCGCGUCACAAGCCGCGACAGAAGGUGAGAAUUCCGUGUCCAGAAUGUGACAAAGUAUUUUCGAAGAAUAUAUAUAUGAAGGAUCAUUACAAUUUAGUUCAUUUAAAGAAUUACAAAUAUCGGUGUGAGGAGUGCAACAAGAAUUUCAUUCGAAACGCCGAUUUGACUAAACACAAUCGCCGAGUUCAUGAAGGCAUUAUGCCGCCAAGAAAUAAAAUUUGCUAUAUGUGCGGUCGGGGAUUUACUGUAAGUCGUUUAAAAUUAAUAAACCACGCCAUAUCGUUAUCACUUUGAUUAUAGGCGACCCCUUGCCUUGUAUUGCAGCAAUGCAUCUAUUACUGUAUUCUGGUUUGAAGAGUAAAUACCGCCAAUAUGAAAACAUGUUGAGAAACAUUCUAUCCAAAGAGAAUGUUAAUAGAGCAAACUCAAUACGUGCGCUUGAUAGUAGUAACAACAGUUUUGAAUAGUUAAAAAAUAUUUUUUUUGUUUUAUUAGUUGCUAUGUUGUGUCCUGUUCUAUCACUGAUUCUGAAUCAUUCUGAAUCAGCUAUAGAAUCUCUGUUCUAUCAGAGAUUCUAUAGCUGAUUAGUGACCGCCAAUACGGUUUUCGUCGGUGUCGAUCAGCUGGUGAUCUUCUGGUCUACCUGACCCAUAGAUGGGCGGAGGCAGUAGAGUCCAAGGGGGAGGCGUUGGCCGUUAGUCUGGACAUUGCGAAGGCCUUUGAUCGGGUUUGGCACAAAGCGCUUCUUUCAAAGCUGCCUUCCUAUGGGCUUCCCGAGAAAUUGUGCAAUUGGAUCACCAGCUUUCUUGCAGAUCGGAGCAUCAAGGUCGUUGUAGACGGUGCAUGUUCUGACUACAAGCCUAUUAACGCUGGUGUUCCACAAGGCUGUGUGCUAUCACCAACGCUGUUUCUUCUGCAUAUCAAUGAUAUGUUGCUAACUGGUAACAUUCAUUGCUAUGCGGAUGACAGCACUGGUGAUGCUCUAUACACCGGCCGGGCCAAUAUUUCUCGGGAAAACGUCGCCGAGUACCGGUACAAACUUGUGUCUGAAGUCGAGUCUUUGCUGGACAAAGUCUCGGAUUGGGGGCGACUAAAUCUAGUCCAGUUUAAUCCUCAGAAGACACAAGUUUGCGCGUUUACCGCUAAAAAGAACCCCUUUGUCGUAUCUCCUCAGUUUCAAGGCACUCCCCUUCUUGCCUCAGCCAGUAUCGGUAUCCUCGGAGUCGACAUAUCGAGUGACGUGCAGUUUCGUGGUCACUUGGAAGAGAAGGCCAAAUUGGCCUCUAAAAAGCUUGGCGUGCUCAGCAGAGCGGGACAGUAUUUCAUGCCGGCACACCGCCUGCAACUUUACAAGGCGCAGGUUCGGCCUCACAUGGAAUACUGUUCCCAUCUCUGGGCAGGGGCUCCCCAGUGCCAGCUCCUUCCACUUGACCGCAUCCAGCGCAGAGCGGCUCGAAUCGUCGACGACCGAGCCCUUUCCGAUCGGCUCGAUUCAUUGGCACUGCGAAGAGAUGUUGCAUCUCUUUGCAUUUUCUUUCGCAUCUACCAUGGGGAGUGCUCUGAGGAAUUGUUCGGAUUAAUCCCAGCCGCCAAAUUUCACGAACGCACAUCGCGGCAGAACUCCCGAUACCAUCCACACCAUCUGGAUGAUUGGCGGUCCACCACUGUGCGAUUUAGAAGAUGUUUUCUUCCUCGCACAACUUCCUUGUGGAAUAGUUUACCACCAGGGAUUUUUCCGGACCGAUACGACUUAGGGACCUUCAAGAAAAGAGCCUACUCCUUUUUAAAAGGCCGGCAACGCAUCUGCAAUUCCCCUGGUGUUGCGGUUGUUCAUGGGCGGCGGUAGUCACUUACCAUCAGGUGAGCCGCAUGCUCGUUUGCCCCUUCUCC